AUGGAGGCAGCAUGGAAGCCGAAUGUUGAGAUGUCACCCAACUGUCCACGCUGCGGAUCUUCCAACACCAAGUUCUGCUACUACAACAACUACAGCCUCACUCAGCCCAGGUACUUCUGCAAAGGUUGCCGGAGGUACUGGACCAAGGGCGGCUCUCUCCGGAACGUCCCCAUCGGUGGCGGCUGCCGGAAGAACAGGAGGGCCAAGUGCAUACGAAUAUCCUCUGGCGCUUCUGCUUCGACGGCUUACCUUGCUGCCGCCGCCAGCAACCCUUUUGGGAGCAGGUUGUCGUGCGGUGCUUUGUUGGAGGACGGCAAUAGUUCCUUGGCCGAUCUGACUAGCUCGCCCAAUGGCGGGUCGCAUAUCGAUCUCGCGCUCGUCUACUCAAAUUACUUGAAUCAGAAGCCUGAACUGGCACAUGAAGAGUUGGCCGGUGGCGAAUCCGAACGCCCCGGCACCCAGCCUCUGGCAAACGUAAAGCAAGUUCAUGACUUGGACGAUUUCGAGUUGAUGCCUGGAAAUGAGCUUCUUGGAUGCGAGUUCAUUUCCGACCUUUUUGCUGAGACUCACUUGAGCAACGGAAAUAACCAGAUGUACCCUCAUCCUCAUCAUCAUCACGGAGGUGACCCCAACAAUCUUAACGGGAUCAGCGAUCGGAUUCAACCGUGCGACAGCGGCGAUGCGGGCUACUUUAGCGAGUUGCCACCUUUGCCAAGUGAAGGGGGCGGCAAGUGGUUGAAUGAACCUGACCAUUUGAUGGUGAAUCAUGGGUUUGGGUGCACAGAGCUCUUGCCAGUUCUUGGUCCACAGGCUAAUCCAGACGUAUUUAUCACUAACUGGAGGGAACUUGAUGUGUCUGUUCAGGAUGCAACUUUCUCCAGGAAAUGA